AUGGGUUUGGCUCACGCGGUCGAGGGACAGGGGUUGGUUUGGGCGUAUGGUGGGGAUGAGGGAGAGGGAGCCGAGGGAGAGGGAAGCGAGGGGGAGGGGGGCGAUGGAGAGGGAGGCGGGGGAGAUGGAGACGACAGAGAGGGAGGCGGGGUACAUGAGGGGGUCGAUCAUACCGUCGAUCGAUCACAGGUAGCUGCAAAGGAUGUACAGGGUAAUCGCCCGUACGUUCGACGGAGCGUGAGACAGCGUGUGAUGCCUUCACCGGGGGUGGAGGAGAGACUCGUUCAGGUCGAGUCGAGACUAGCUCAGGUCGAGUCGGAUGUAGCUGUAGUCAGGGGGGAUGUACAGUGGAUGGUCGAGGCGAUUGUGGCUAUACAUUCUGGCGCGCCCCUACCUCCACGAGCUGGCGCUGCACCAACACCACCACCACCGCCGUAG